ACCACAGGCAGAUAGUGAGAGGGAGAGAGAAAGAAGAGUGGCGAGCGAGAGAGGAAAGGAGCAGGAGAAGAGCAGAAAGUUUGCCUUCAAAGACUUUCCGCCCCCACAAAAAAAGUAUUGUUUCACCUGAUAGCUUUGGUGAUAAAGGACCGAGGGAGCUGCUUGGCGCUGAAAUAGCUGAGAGUUAAGAGGAAAAGUUAGCAGUUCUUCUGCUUCAGUUUUAGGACUGCAGGCAAUUGGCAGCACAGCUGUCUCGCUCUCUUUAACGGACUGAAAAGGGCUACUGGCUAAGGAAAAACAACAACAGUAGUUUGACUUAGUUUCUGAAAAAUUAAAAGCAGUUCAGGGUGGAAAGUCUUUCACGCUGGCGUUUUGAGUUAUGUUUUUUUAAGUAGCUCUGUGACACUGAGACAACUUUAUGAGAGAGGAGACAGAGGCACAAUGAGUUUUAAGAAGCAUCUUGUGUUGUAUUUUAUUUUGAUUUUUUUUUAAUGAGGUUACAGGGCAUGACAAGGGGACUCAAGGGAAGCCUUUGAAGAGCAGCACCAGCAGCAGACAAGAUGGGUCUGUUAAGUGUGGACCUGUUGAUCACGCUUCAGAUACUGCCGGUUUUUUUCUCCAACUGCCUCUUCCUUGCACUCUAUGACUCGGUGGUCCUCCUGAAGCACAUGGUGCUUCUCCUCAGCCGCUCCAAGGCUGCACGUGGCGAGUGGCGGAGGAUGCUCACGUCGGAGGGGCUGCGCUGCGUCUGGAACAGCUUCCUCCUAGAUGCCUACAAACAGGUGAAACUGGGCGGAGAAGCUCCUAACUCCAGUGUGAUCCGCAUACCUAACAGCGCUGGUGAUAGCAGCAGCAGAUGGAAGAGCUCUAGCGGGAGAUAUGACACUGAAUGUCACCUCCUAGACUUUGCAAAAUCAGAGCGCCCGUUGGUGGUCAACUUUGGCUCAGCCACCUGACCCCCCUUCACAAACCAGCUGUCGGCCUUUGGCCAGCUGGUGGAAGAGUUCUCUGGUGUGGCUGACUUUCUGUUAGUCUACAUUGAUGAGGCUCACCCAUCGGACGGCUGGGCUGCUCCUGGUAUCUCCUCCUCAUUUGAUGUAAAGAAACAUAGGAACCAAGAAGACAGAUGUGCAGCUGCUCACCAGCUUCUGAAGCAGUUUUCGUUGCCCCCUCAGUGCCAGAUAGUGGCUGACUGCAUGGACAAUAAUGCCAACGUGGCCUAUGGGGUCUCCUUUGAGCGUGUAUGCAUAGUACAAAGACAAAAAAUUGCCUACCUAGGGGGCAAAGGGCCCUUUUUCUACAACCUCCAAGAAGUUCGACUUUGGUUGGAGCAGAACUACAGGAAGAGAUGAAGUCCAGACUUACCAGACGAAGAAAUGUUGAGCAUAGUGCCCCUUUAAAUCAACACGAAAGGGAAACAAAUUGUGCCCUGUUUUGAAUAGGCACCAUUUUGGCCCUUAGCGGAAGAAGCAGCCUAAUAACACAACAGAUGCAAAAA